AUGUCCGGUGCCGGUUCUAUGAUCGCCUUGGGCCCUUUCUUCGCAAUAUGUCAAGGCUGCGGCGUGUCAAUGCAGAAGGGCCUCUUAUCUCUGUUGAAGCAAGUCGGUAUAACGUACGCUGUCAACGCUUUCGUGCGCUAUAGUGUCAACAAUAUGCUGCCCGAGGGCUUCUAUGAGACUUAUCCAUGGGGCCCUGCCUUGGAGCUAAUGCUCUCUUGUUUGGACCUGCUGGGUAUGGUCCAAAUCAUAUUCUAUUCAGACUGCCUCAAGGUGGGCUUCGACGAUGAUGCGCGUCGAGCACUAGCUGUUGGAGUUACUUGGGCAACCUUGGAGGUCAUUCGCUACAACUACAACUGGGGUCUCACCGUAGAAAUGCACCAGUCAAAGCUAGCGGUCUUCACUCCGUCAACUCUCAACAGCAACAUUGUUCUUGCUGGUGACGUGUCACUGGCUGUCGGCAUUUGGUUGACCUACAAGUUCGGUCGUGAACUACUUCCUCUCGCUGUAGUGUUCUUAUCUGUAUUUGUUCUCCCCGGCUUGAGCAUUUAUCUUCGCGCGGCUUUGGGUAUGCACGACUAUGAUAACGAGUUCAUGGGCAUUGUUAUGACAGUCGCCGGUCUGAUAUCACUGUUCGCGUACUGGGUGUGGGCCAAGUACUAUCCGGAGGGGUCGGCUAAGCAAGCGGAGCUCGACGAGAUAGCCGAGGAGAAGCGUCAGAAGGAGGCUCUUGCGAAGGAAGAGGAGACCAAGUCUGGCGAUAUGGUUCCUCAGCGUCGAAGCAAGAAAGCAAGGGCAGCGGCGGCUAAGAAGAACAGACAUGAUUGA